CUAACCUGAAAGUAUACGUCACAACAGCGACAGAAUUUUCUUACAGCCUCAUGCUCGGAGUGACCGCGCAGAUGUGGGUGUUCCGAGUUUGCAUCACCAGUUUACGUAUAGAAGACAGCAAAACAAUUGUUAAACACAGACGGUGUUUUAAGAAUGUGUGGAACUGCAACAAAGUAGUGUGAUACUUCACGCUAAUUUCCGUCAUCAUAUUUUUACAAAUCUGUCCAAUCACUACUUAGACAGCGGUUAAACGUUUCCUGGGUAACUGUAAGGUUAAAGGGCGGCGGGAAUAAGUCACAUUGGCGGGAGAAAGUAAAAGUAAAGUUUUUAAAUUGUUCAUCACAGGAAUUGAGUUGCAGAACUGAUGGAUUCAAAACGAAAGAGGCAGUUUGGUGGGGCUUUGCCUCAGUCACAGUCUAAAAAGCAGAACAGUGACUGGGAUGACGAUGGCCCAUCACAAUUUGAGGAGGAACUGGCUUUCCUGGAUGAGGUUGAAGCAGAAAUGGCAGUGGAAAAUAGGGAAUCGCAAAUCCCCAGCGAAAUCUUGCCCAUUGGUAGCCUUACUUCUGAUGUUCAGAAUACACGGUGGCUGCGUCCUCCAUUACCCAAGAUCGACCCAUUGAAGGAUGUUAUCUGCUUUCAACAAAUUGAGCUGGAAUAUUAUGUAGGAUCACCUGUCACAGGAAUGCCUGGAGCCACACAAGGCCCUGUCCCUGUUAUACGUAUGUUUGGGAUAACAAUGGAAGGCAAUAGUGUCUGUUGCCACAUCCAUGGCUUCACCCCUUAUUUUUAUGUCCCUGCUCCUAGUGGUAUAUAUGGCUACCAUGGAAACCGGAUGAUUCCCUUUCUGAAGAUCACUAUGGCACUUCCUCGUCUAAUUGCUCCUGCUAAACGGCUGUUGGAGCAGGGAUUGCGCUUUGGCUCAUUUGCAGUACAAGGCUACCAGUCAUACGAGGCAAACAUCGAUUUUGAGAUCAGGUUCAUGGUAGAUCGGGAUGUAGUAGGCUGCAACUGGAUUGAGCUCCCAGCUAAAAAGUAUAAGGUUAGAGAGGAACUUCCUGCAGGAGAGGAUUCAAAGGAUAACCCUCGCAAGGUAUCUCUUUGCCAGAUUGAGGUGGAUAUUGCUUACACAGACUUUAUCAGCCAUAAUCCUGAAGGGGAAUGGCAGAAAAUAGCUCCCCUACGUGUUCUCAGCUUUGAUAUUGAAUGCGCAGGCCGAAAAGGCAUCUUCCCAGAGCCUGAAAAAGACCCUGUGAUUCAGAUAGCCAACAUGGUGCUUCGACAGGGUGAAAAAGAUCCUUUUGUGCGCAAUGUCUUUACUCUGAAGUCUUGUGCUAGCAUUGUUGGUUCCCAGGUGCUAUGCUUCGAUAAUGAGGCAAAACUGCUAAAGUCUUGGGCAAAUUUUGUACGUGCAGUGGAUCCAGAUAUCAUAACAGGGUACAACAUUCAGAAUUUUGACUUGCCAUAUCUUAUUAAUAGAGCACAGCCCCUCAAGGUGAACACUUUCCCAUUCCUUGGACGAAUUCCAGCAAUCAAGUCUGUGAUCCGUGACUCUUCUUUCCAGUCAAAACAGAUGGGCCGAAGAGAGAAUAAAGUCAUUAACUUAGAAGGAAGAGUGCAGUUUGAUCUUUUACAGGUAUUACUACGAGAUUACAAGUUACGGUCAUACACUCUGAAUGCUGUCAGCUUUCAUUUUCUGCAGGAGCAGAAGGAAGAUGUGCAACAUUCAAUAAUCACAGAUCUGCAGAAUGGCAAUGAGCAGACUCGUAGACGGUUAGCUGUUUAUUGUCUGAAGGAUGCCUACCUACCUUUGAGAUUGCUGGAGAAACUGAUGUGUGUUAUUAAUUACAUGGAAAUGGCAAGAGUGACAGGCGUACCCUUGACAUAUCUGCUAUCUCGAGGACAACAGAUCAAAGUUGUGUCACAACUGUUGAGGCAGGCAAUGAAGCAGGACCUGGUGAUGCCAGUUGUGAAAACGGAGACUGGUGAAGACUACACAGGUGCUACUGUCAUAGAACCUGUAAAAGGGUACUAUGAUACUCCCAUCGCCACCCUGGAUUUCUCAUCUCUGUACCCAUCUAUCAUGAUGGCUCACAAUCUGUGUUAUACUACCCUCAUCCAGUCAAACACAGUUGUUGAGACAUAUGGCCUGUCUGCUGAAGAUUUCAUCAAGACCCCAACAAGUGAUCGUUUUGUGAAGAAAUCUGUGAGGAAGGGUCUCCUGCCUGAAAUUUUAGAAAAUUUGUUGGCAGCUCGUAAAAGGGCUAAGUCAGAGCUAAAGAAUGAGACAGACCCCUUCAAACAGAAGGUCCUGGAUGGGCGACAACUGGCUCUGAAAGUGAGCGCUAAUUCUGUUUAUGGUUUCACUGGGGCACAAGUUGGAAAACUGCCAUGUCUGGAGAUAUCUCAGAGUGUAACUGGUUUUGGAAGACAGAUGAUCGAGAAAACAAAGCAGCUGGUGGAGUCUAAGUACACAUUAGCCAAUGGAUACAAGGCAGAUGCCAAGGUAAUAUAUGGUGAUACAGAUUCUGUCAUGUGCAAACUUGGUGUGAAUUCUGUAGAGGAAGCCAUGGCUGUGGGUCAAGAGGCAGCCGAAUGGGUCUCGAGCCAUUUUGUGUCUCCCAUAAAAUUGGAGUUUGAAAAGGUUUAUUUCCCAUACUUGCUUAUUAACAAAAAACGUUAUGCUGGUCUCUAUUUUUCUUCAAGUCCGCAUACACAUGAUAAGAUGGAUUGUAAGGGGAUUGAAACAGUCAGAAGAGAUAAUUGCCCACUUGUUGCUAACUUAAUCAACACUUGUUUGCAAAAAAUCCUGAUCGAUAGAGAUCCUAAUGGAGCAGUGGAGCAUGCAAAGGACGUUAUUUCUGAUUUGCUCUGCAACCGAAUUGACAUCUCACAGCUGGUCAUCACCAAGGAAUUAACAAGGACAGCUGAUGAGUAUGCUGGAAAACAGGCCCAUGUUGAGCUAGCCGAAAGGAUGCGUAAAAGAGAUGCUGGUAGUGCUCCGAACCUUGGCGAUCGUGUUCCCUAUGUAAUUAUCAAAGCAGCCAAAGGAGUGGCUGCAUACAUGAAAUCAGAGGAUCCCAUUUAUGUUCUUGAGAACAAUAUCCCCAUCGACACACAAUACUACCUAGAGCAACAGUUGGCAAAACCACUUCUCCGAAUCUUCGAACCUAUCCUUGGAGAGGCGAAAGCAGAAGCCAUCCUUCUCAAGGGAGAGCAUACUCGAUGUAAAACAGUGCUUACAUCCAAGGUUGGAGGACUGAUGGCAUUCGCCAAAAAGCGCAGUACUUGCAUUGGGUGCAAAGCUGUAUUAGAUGAAGAUGGUGCUGUAUGUGACUACUGUAAAUUGAACCUGUCGGAGCUUUACCAAAAGGAGAUAUCUCACCUGAAUAUGUUGGAGGAGCGUUUUUCUCGCCUCUGGACACAGUGCCAGAGGUGUCAGGGCAGCCUUCACGAGGAUGUUCUUUGCACCAGUCGUGACUGUCCUAUAUUCUAUAUGCGCAAAAAAGUUCAAAAGGAUCUGGAUGAUCAGGAGAAAUUGGUCUGUCGAUUUGGGCCCCCAACCUGGUAAUGAACUGGUGUCCUAAGUUUGCAGAAGAAUCCUGGAAAGAUGUAGACAGAGAAGGAGGGAAGUUGAGAAGUCAUGAGUGAAGAAACUUGACCACAGGGUGCAAAGGGCACUGUUUCUGCACUCGCUGGUUGGCCAAUGUUUAACUCCUGAAAGUACAGCAGGAACACAACUCAGGACUCUUGUUUCUGUGACAUUUAAACAGUUUUUUUUUUUUUUAUUAAAAAAAAAAAAAGUUUUGUACUUGUUUGUCAAGUAGACACCAUGUGUUAAGCCUACACACCCACACAUGCUGUGGUGAAAUCUGAUAAUCUACUGACUUGUCUGGGGUUUUUUUUAGCUUUUUUAUAUACCUAAAGAAAAAAAAUGGAGAGGUUUGAUAACACAGCAGCUGUUCCAAGUAAGCUUCUAAGUAAAAACUGAAAGUGUGGCAGUUGAGCACGGGGUGGGGGGGGUGUAUAAGACGAUAGGUUCCUAACAAGCCUUGUCCUGUAGUCUUGAUUUUAAAUUCUUUAGUCUGUUUGCAUACUCUGCAACACUGUAACUUGCUUAACCAGUAUCCCAACAUCACUCUUGAAAAGAGACAUACUUGUGUUAUGUGUUAUAUUCAGUUAAAUGAAUAAAAACAGUUUUUUCUCUGUUCAUUAAAGGUUAAAAAUUAUAAGCAAGCAAUAUUAUGCAGCUAACCUCUUAAGCGUACAAGUGGCAUCCAGUGUUUAUGCUGCUAUCUCAAUAAUUGGUAUAGUGUAAACUGCUGUUCUCUAAUUUGUCUCCAUGUGCCUCUUAGGAGAUUCAGAAGAGGCCUUUUGUUUCAUGCAUGCGCCAUACUGUGUGACAUGUGGGCACUUAAAUGUAAAAAGUAUUGUUUUUGUUAUAGUUUUAUACAGAGGAACCUGUUAAAUGUUUAUUUUGGCACAAACAGUACUACUCGCUCUUUGUUCAUUUAGACAGGGCAGGUUGCCAAAUCAAAUACUUUGGCUUUCCCUUUUGUACAGGGCCUGUUUCUCUGAUGCAAAUUAUUCUAGAACUAAUAGAAAUGUGUUAUGAUAUCUGAGAAGUUACAUUCCACACAAUUUUGUCAUUGUAAUAUUAUGCACAUCUGAAGCUUGAGCUGAAAGAAAAUCUUCAAUACGUACUUUGUUCUUUUAAAGUAUAUACUUUGCAUCCUUGUAGAAUAGGCUAUCGUUGAUUUCAACACAUUUUCAGUUGCAACAUCGGUAAGAACUGUUAUGCUCAGCUGUUUUAAGUAUUUUGAUACUGUAAAUGUUGACAUGAAUUUACUAAUUAAAAAAAAAAAAAUCAAACCUGUUUGGGUUAAAUGCGUAGCUAGAACGUAUUGCAAUUUUUAAUGUGCAUUCUGUAACAUUAUGCACAUUCUACUUAAACCAGUUUCUUAUAUCCAUAUACAACAACAUGUGUUCAAGACCUAUGCACCAUUGCUGUGUAUGCAUUUCAAGUUGCUUUAAUUUUGAUUUUUUUACUUUGUAAGAGAUCCAUCUAACCCAAUGGGCACAUGAACAUACACUGUUUCCAGUAAAUUCCAUAGUAAUGAUGGCUUAAUGUUUAAUUAUACUGUUUUGAUAUGGAGGUGAAUUCUUUUUUGGGGAGGGGGCUGAGGAGAGGGUGCACCCUUGAAAUCACCAGAACACACCCAGGCGUGUUGUAGUGUUCGUCGAAUGGCUGAGUUCUGCAUUCGUGUUAAGUUGAUGUUAUGACUGCAACUGCAGACACUUUUCUCCCAAACAUGUGCCAUUUAAGUAAAACCAAGGCAUGCAUAUAUAUUACAGUGACUGAACAAAUGUGUACUUUGGCUUGUAUUGGUAAUAAUACCAGGGCUGUCUUUGGUGGAUAUGUGAUUUAUAUUUAUUUUCCAAUGUGCUCUCUUUUCUGACUUGCUUGUCUCCCACAAUCAAAGUCCAGAAGGUGCAGGGAUAGGCUUAGUUUCAGUCACUGUUAAUGUAUUUUUAUGUGCUAAGCAGCAUUGUUGCUUGUAUUCAUCCACCCACAACCAUUGUGUGGUGUAAUUUCCUUCAUUUUUGUUUGUAAACUGAAGCCUUGGACCUUUGGUGUAGACUAAACACCAGAUAUUUAGUAAAAUAUCUAAAGGCCACCUACUACUUUUUUGGGGGGGGGGGGUGAUGUGCUUUUUCUACAAAAGUAAUGGAUUAUAAGGGCACAUGUAAUUAAGUAAGUCAGUGCAUUGUGUUUAUGCUGUUGAACAUUAAAACACAAAUUUUAUUUUUGAAAUUUAAUAUGUAAAUUAUUUUUUUCAUGUUAAAUGCAGUCGGCUUUGUAAUGUGCUUUAAUGAAUGCCCUGAAUAACAGGUAAAAAAAAAUAAUUUAUUCAUCCUGUUUCAUCCUUUUUAAGAUUUUGGGGUGCUGGAGUCUGUCAUUAAUCAGUGGAUAUAUAGGCUUAUUUCCUUUUUCAUGAUGUUUCCAGUUUAUUUGCCAUUUUCAUGAAAUUUCAGGGUUUUAAUAUUUAAUACAGGCAAAGAAUCUGUUUUUCAGCUGCUAAUAUGGUGCUGCAGUGCUGCAUUGUGUGCGAGUGCCACUCAGGUUGGAAGCUUCAUUAAUAAACUGAAAUGGCUGAUGGAAGGGAUGUAAUUUUCUGUUAUUAAUGCUUAUCUGGCAGCCUUCUAUACAGUGGGAUACAUUUCUGAUGCUGUUUUCCAGGGUCUUAACCAACAUGGUCUUUUGAUAUUACCAGCAAAAUAAAUAAAAUAAAAAAGCUUUUGGGGAGUGUGUAUUCAGAUAGUGACGGUUUCAUAUCAGUGUUUAGAAUUAUUGUAAGUUUUAGUAAUGUAAUACAGGGCACUGUUUUGCAUAGUUUGCUUAAAUACUUCAUACUACUAUUAUUGCUGCCAUUUUCAUUGACAUUUGAUCUUUUUUGUACUUUUUUGACUAGCUUUGUGUGUGUUUAUGAAACAAAGACAUUGUAUGGUUUGCUGUAAAUAAAUGCUGCAUAAGUGCUGUAAACUA